GGUUACCAUCUUUACCUCUUUUCAUCACUCAUCCUUCUCCUUCUUUUUUCAUCACUCAUCCUUCUCCUUCUUUUUUCAUCACUCAUCCUUCUCCUUCGUUUUACAUCUCCUUUCCCUCCCUCUCUUUCUCUCUUCCUCCCUUUCCUCCUGCGUCUAAUUCUCAUAGCUCAGCACUCCCUGCUGGAUAUACUGGGAGAAAAAAUGAUAGAGCAAGGAAGAAAAGAGGAGGAGCACAGUUGUUAGUGCACCAAAGAAAAUCUAACCCCCUCCCUACCCAGUUGGUGACAGGGAGGGAUUUUAUUGAGUGGCCACUCAGCCAAUGAGCGAACCGUGCCGGGAAAUACAGCAGUGGAACUGCACCGGCUCUGAUGCUUGUGCUGAUUUCAGUGUGUUAGAACAAUGAUAAUCUGUGUGAGUGAUUCCUCUCCUCUCUGCCUGAUCUGAGCACGUCUCAGCAGCAUAUUGAGCCAAGAAAAGUCUUGUUUGAGGCAGACCAUCUCUCCUCAAGGGACGCUGCAUCUAGUCUUUGACAAUGAAGUUCAACUUGUUCAGAAAGCCGCAGGCCAUGACGGCGGCCGAGCCAACCACUGGCCCCACCAUGACCAUGGCCCCCACACCGGCAGUCAUGUCCACCUCUGCGCCGGAGAGCUCCGGCUCCAACAACACAGAGAUCAACAAGAAUGAUAUGUUUGAGGAGAUCAAGAGCAAAUUCUUGAAUGAAAUUGAUAAAAUCCCACUGCCGCCGUGGGCUUUGAUUGCCAUCGCUGUGGUGGCAGCAUUGCUCAUCCUCACCUGCUGCUUCUGCAUAAUCAAAAAAUGCUGCUGCAAGAAGAAGAAGAACAAGAAAGGAAAGAAGGGCAAGGAUGGCUUCAACAUGAAGAACAUGCAGGGUGGCGAGAAACAACAGGACGACGAUGAUGAUGAGGGAGAGACUGGACUAACAGAGGAGGAGAAAGAGGAAGAAGAGAAAGAACAAGAGAAACUGGGGAAGCUGCAGUACUCUAUAGAUUACGAUUUUGAGAAUACAAAGCUCACGAUUGGCAUCCUUCAAGCUGCAGACCUCAUGUCCAUGGACUCAGGUGGAACAUCAGAUCCUUAUGUCAAAGUCUUGCUUCUCCCUGAUAAGAAGAAGAAGUUUGACACCAAAGUGCACAAGAAGACACUGAACCCCGUCUUCAAUGAGACGUUUGUCUUCAAAGUGCCCUACGAGGAGCUUGGUGGCAAGACCCUGUGUAUGUCUGUUUAUGACUAUGACCGAUUUUCCAAACAUGAUGUCAUUGGAGAAGUGAAGCUGCCCAUGAACACUAUCGACCUUGGACGGCCGAUCGAGGAGUGGCGGGAUCUGGAGAGUGCUGAUCAAGAGGAGCCUGAGAAACUUGGAGACAUCUGCAUCUCUCUACGUUACGUCCCCACUGCUGGGAAACUAACCGUCUGCAUCCUGGAGGCAAAGAACCUGAAGAAGAUGGAUGCCUGCGGCUUAUCUGAUCCUUAUGUGAAGAUCCAGCUGCUGCAAGGGGGUAAGCGUCUGAAGAAAAAGAAGACUACGGUGAAGAAGAACACCUUGAACCCAUAUUACAACGAAUCCUUCAGCUUUGAAAUACCAUUGGAACAGAUGCAGAAAAUCCUGGUAGCUGUCACAGUGUUUGAUUAUGACAAGAUAGGUAAGAACGACGCCAUUGGGAAGAUCUUUGUGGGCAGCAAGGCUACUGGCUUAGGUCUGAAGCACUGGUCUGACAUGCUGGCUAAUCCACGCCGCCCCAUUGCUCAGUGGCAUGCCUUGCAGCCAGAGGAGGAUAUUGAUGGUCAGCUGGCAUCCUUAAAUGCCAAGAAGUAACAUGCUCCACCAACCAGCUAAUGCACUAACUCAGAAAUCCAACCCCUAUCUCUACUUUGCAUGAAUCCCACGACUUAACACGUGACUACUCGUCAUGAAUCCUGCACAGCAAAAAAGAGACAUCGUAGAAUAUCUGCUCAUUCAUAGUUAAGUCAAAAGAAACUCUUUUUAAGCAUCACAUUUCACAUUUUAGUGUAUGCUGAGAAGAGUGCCGUUGAGUUAUGACUGGUCCAUGAAUGACUGACUUUUGGUCUUUCAUUUGAAGAAACUUAGAAACUGAUUCUUAGGGUGCUGACACUGAACGAAAGUCUUGGUGAAGACAAUGCUGGAUAAAAACCUUUAGUUUAGUUAACAGAGCAUGCUUUACUUACGUCCCCACUGCUCCAUGUGCUCCACGCCCAGUAUUGUAUCUUGCUAAUAAGUGUGCUAUAACAUGAAAUAGAAAGUACUGUAGUUUUGAGUUAUUUCCUGCAUAGGGUCGGUUUAAGUCUUAUAAUGCAACAAGAUUUCAUGGAAUUCAGGAACGAAUCAGAUUGAGGUCUCUGUUAUGAUAUGUUUCUGAGACAAAUUUAUCUUCCAUUUUAUCAUCUCACAUUUGAGAAGAAGAUACAAACAGUGCCGCAGUUUACAGUUUAGCAGGGAUGAUACAGUUGUCUGACUUUUAUCUCUUGUUUUGUGUUUACAUGAGGGCACAUCUAUGCAUUUAGGUCCAACACACAUUUCUGUGUCUUCAGAUAGAUCAAAUGUAGGAAAGGAAAACAUGGGUGCCUUCCUGAUAUGAUACCUUGAGAAAUAUGGUAGGUUUCAUUGUUUAUUUAAGAGAGGUUGAAUUUUAUCCAAAAGCUGUCAGGGACACUGUGAAUGUGCCAUCUGAAAUCUGGUUUGAGCUCUGUUGACCACUUGGAUGUAAAACCUUACUUAUCAUUGAAGAAGUAAGGAAACUGGAAGGAUUACCAAUGAUGUUCAAAACAUGUAUGACUAUGCUUCAUUUGAAUUCUACUGUUGCUUCCAAAAACAGUGCCAUCUGUCUCAUUUUAUUUUGAUAACCAUUACAAUGAUUGUACGUCUUUGGCUAAUGUAGUUUACUCAUCGUUCUGAAGUUCACUUCAACACUUCAAUAGUUUCUGGUGAAACAACAUGAAGAUUCCUGUCAAGAGCAAGAUGUUCUUUUUUUUUUUUUUUUAUAGAUAAUCGAAUUUGAACUGGAAGAUGUAGCUUCAUUUUUUAAAAGAUUAUGAAUUAAAGAGUAACAUGCAGGUUUGUAGAAUCUAAACACGGCAACUGCUGCACUAAAUGUAUGAUAUAAUACACAUAUCCUGGGCCAUUUGCUUGAACCAAAUAGAGCUGCAGAAUCGAGCAUGUAUCAUGCCUCGCAGUGUUCCAUGUUGUUUGAAUCACUCAAGACACAAGCUUUGUAAACCUGGAGCCAAAGUGCUGCAACAUGGUGGUGAUACAACGUCAUCACAGAUGUAUUGUGUUAGUUUAAUGUGUAGAGGCUUGAGGCAAUAAAAGGGCACAAAGAAUGAAUUAUUAUGAGAAACUGAAUACCAGACUGUGUAUUUUAGUGAAUAAGGAAUACUUAAUGUUGAAAUUUUGUGAAAUUACUGAUAAAAAAAAUUGUUCAUGCGGUUUGAAUACCCGUCUUAAAUUUCAAGUAAAUAAUUUUCAGAUAAUAUCAUUCAGCUCUAUAGAGUCUGUGUUUUUCAAAUUUCAAUAUCAAGUUUUCAGUAAUGGUUGAACUAUUAGAAUAAGCUAUUCAGUGUCUUAUAAAUGUUGCCAAUGCCCUGUUUUUGCAUCCAUAUUGUUAGCAAAAGUAUCUAUAGGGAGGUGAACAGCAGCACACGGAUUGGCUCAUCCACAGUACUACUUCUUUCUAUUAUUAACAUUAUGCAUCGCGCAGAUCUGUUAAUAGGCUACAGCAUGUAUUUACAAGAUGAUGUAAAUAGUAGCAUGUUUUAAAGAGGAACCAUAAUUAUAUUGUGUAUGUGUGUUUGUGUUCUGUGUCACUUUUGAUAAUAAAAUGGAGUACAACAACAACAAAAAAAAAGUAUGCACUGACUGCAAAGUGUAUGUAUUUUUGUUGAAUGGGACUGAAUGUACGUCUGAAUAAUCCACGCCGGGCUCCACAUGCUCCUUAAAUGUCUUGGUUAACAGCAGCGUUGCUUUAUGUAUCGAGAAUAUCCACUUAGUUUCCAUAGUGCUGCAUGAUUGUCUGGUUUCCUGUCACUGUUUGUAUUUGUUCUCUGUGCUAAAUCCAGUGUUACAGUACUCUUGGGUUGCAAAUCAUGUCAUUAUUGUUAUUUUCUGAUUGUUGUGUUUGCUGCUAACUAGUAGACUGUAUAUAUUUCAAAACAGGAGAAUAUUUGUUGGCUCCUUGAUUUUCUAUCUCAGUGUACCGUAAGUGUUUCCUUCAUUUAUUCCUGCCAGAUGGGUGUCAAGUCUUAGUUAAUCAAAUGUAGAUACAGUAGACAACCUAAUUGACUUGUAGCCCCUUUUACUUAGUAUGUCAUUAAACUGCACCCCCUCAUCUUAUUGAUAUUCAAACCUGCCCUCUUUAUAUUUGCAUAGAAAAUAAACCUAGCUUUAUUUUCAGUUCCUAAUACAGCAUUUUCUAUUUCUUUCCUGUAUUACUAAUGUGAUACAUUAUUACAGGAUAUUAUUGAUGCUUUCCUCUCAAGUAGCUCCCCUCCAAUAAUGAAGCAAGCAAUAAGAUUCCAUUACAAGCUUCACUUUUUGAAUGAACACACAGUUUAACUAAUGGAUUGCAAUGGGAUGAGCUGGUGUUGUGUCACUUGUGCAUGCUCUGAGAUAUUGAUGCUGUCUAUAAGGACAUUUCUAAUGUGGGGAUUUGUUUUCCCCAUCUGCUUUUUGAGUCAUUAUCAUUUACUCUUUGAUAAAUCUUUAUUUACAAGAUACAGUGCAUGAAGAUGAACAGUUCUCAUCUUCAUGACUGUCCAUCUUCUUGAUUAUAACGUAGCUUUGUGUCUGUGUUCGAGAGACUGAGAGGAAGACAGAAGAUUCAUUUAUCAAUUUUAAAUGUUUUUUUUUGUGCAGAGGCACCUCAUUACAUUGUUUUCUAUAAUGUGUGCCAUUCAUUUUCUGCUGGGGUCAUCUGAUAUUUAUCACAUGCAUCAGAUUCUCCAUUUGCUAUUUUGUGUAUUUGCAGUAGGACCAGCACAGCCCGUUUUGUUUAUUGGUGUUCUGUUGAUGCAUUAUAUCACUUCUCUGCAAUGCAGGCAACAAAAUCCCUGUCUUCCUGGGUCUCACAAGCUGUCUUGAGCACAGAGCAGACCCAAACAGUGCAAAAUCCACAUUCUCAAUGCAAUACUGCCAACAUGCUGCUUCAGUACUAGUUCCUCUGUAGUCAUCAUCCUCUUAUGUGAACAUAGCCAUAAUACAGAACAUCCAAAGACCUGAUUAUCAUCCUACUCAGCCAUGUAUUCACUUACCAACAACACAGACAAGGGAAAUGCUUGAAUGUCGUUUUUUGACUCUUGUUUUUUUGUUGUUGUAGAGAUGUGUCAAUAGUUGUGCCUUUUUGUGAAAUGCAUGAUUUAUUUCCGUACAGAAUCCAUGUUUUCCAGCAAAAGAAAAAGAAAAAAGCAAACAAAAAGACCAAACAACUUGUAGUCAUACAUCACUCUAUGUAGAACUAAAAUACCCAAGGGAACCAAAAUAUGGGAUGUGGCAGGACAUAUGUGUGUUGUCAAAAUGUAAUCGUAGGAAAUAAAGGCAUUUUAAAUAGC